AUGGACCCCAGAUGCCCAGGGACCUCUAGAGAUGGACUUGGGCAGGAGGAGCCCCCAACACAACGCGCUCAUUCCUUGUUUUUCCCCAAACCAGGAUUUCCCAUUCCCAACCCUGGCCCAAUGGAGGAGAAAGAGGCUGAGAGGAAGACAAAGAUGCCCCAGGAGCCCCAGGCAGACAAGCAGCUGAGCACGGAGACCAGGGAGGACAAAUCCCCACGGCAGAACCUCGUGCAAGAGGCCGUUGGCAGUGGCUCCACGGGACAGGAAUCCAACGGGGAGGAGAAGCCGCAGAGAUCCCGCACGAGGAGGGGCUGCAAACACAGAUCAUGGGGAUCUGAGGAGGAAAGACCCAGCCUGGGCCGGGCAGGCAGCUGGAGAUGGAGCCAGAGCUCAGACCUGGUGGGCCGUGAGCAGCUUGGUGAUGGGGAGAAGCCCCACAAGUGCAGGCAGUGUAGGAUGAGCUUCAAAUGGAGAUCCAGCCUGAUCCACCACCAGAUGAUCCACACUGGGGAACAACUCUAUGAGUGUGGGGAGUGUGGGAAGAGCUUCAGGCAAAGCUCCCAUCUUAUCACGUACUGGCACAUCCACACCAGGGAAAGGCCCCACCAGUGUGGGGAUUGUGGGGAGAGCUUUGGGGUCAGCUCCCAGCUGCUUUGACAGCAGAAGACACACAGGGAGGAGAGACCCUUUCACUGCCUCGACUGCAACAAGAGCUUCGAGCACAACCGCAACCUCAUCACCCACCAGCGCAUGCACACCGGGGAGAGGCCCUACGAGUGUGAUAAAUGUGGGAAGAGGUUUCAGACCAGUGGCCAUCUCAUCAUGCACCAGCAGAUUCACAUGGAGGAGAGGCUCUUCUGCUGCUCUGAGUGCGACAAGAGCUUCAAGCACAACUCCACCCUCAUCAGCCACCAGCACAUCCACACCAGGGAAAAGCCCCACGAGUGUGGGGAGUGUGGGAUGAGCUUUGGUCUGAACUUCCAGCUGAUCUACCACCAGAGGACCCACGUUGGGGACAGGCCCUACAAGUGUGAGGUGUGUGGGAAGAACUGCAGGCAGCUCUCCAGCCUGAUCUGCCACCAGAACAUCCACACCAGGAAAAGGCCAUACAAGUGUGGGGACUGUGGAAAGGGCUUUGGGCACUGUAACAGCCUGAUCCACCACCAGAGGACCCACACUGGGGAGAGGCCCUAUGAGUGUGAGGAGUGUAGGAAGAGGUUUUGCAUCAGCUGCUAUCUGCUCCAGUACCAGCAGAUUCACAAAGAGCAGAGCCCCUACGAGUGCCCCCAGUGUGGGAAGAACUCCUCCCAGAGUCUAGCCUUGUACAGACACCAACGGAGGCACCAUUAUGGGAAGCCCUGA